ACGCGAAAUCAGUUAACAAACGGACGCGUUUUGAAACGGAUGCACUGGUGGCAAAUGCUGGCAAAGCAAACCGAACCAAACCGAACCGAACUGAACCGAACCGAAACGAAACGAAGAAAACCUGAAGCCCCUGAAACUCUGGUACUGGCUCCUCCAUAAAGAUCCCAGGUUUUUGUCCCAAAACCCGAGCCCGUGCGAAUGUCUGUCGGUUUCGGCGGCAGAAGCUCGAAGAGCUGCUAUCUUCAUCGGUCGCGCUGGUCGUUUAAAAGUGAAAUUUACUGAAUGAAAUGAAAUGUCUUCUGGCCAGCCUCGCUGUCUGGCCGUGUGGCUUUGUGUUUGAUUAUUGAUUUGUGACUAUUGUCGGCAAGGAAAUGAAUGCAAAUUAGUUGGCAAACAUUCGCCGCCUCGAAAGGAUUGCAAAAAACAAAAAGCCAACAAGAAUACAAAACGCUUUGUUCGCAAAUUAGUGGAUGUAUUUGUUCCUGUGCCAGUGGCAUUGAAUGAUAAGCCGACACGAAAAAAAAAACCAGAGAGACCGAGCCAACGAACCGAGCCACACGAUGAUUAGUGAACGCCACAAGAGCCGCGAUUUGGUUACGAUACUUGGCCUGCUCCACCUCCUGUUCCUCGGAGUCGCCUCCGGCCAUGUGAUCGAGGUCUUGGCUCAAUCAACAACCGCAUCCACAUCGCAGACGUUGCAGACUUUGCAGACUUCGCAGACUACGCAGACAUCGCAAACUUUGGAGACGAAGACGAAUGCCAGUCAGGAUGGGGCUGGUCUGACAACAGCCCCGCGGCUGGAUCCGAACAACAACAACGAGUGGCGACCACUUGGACACGGAGAUCCGCUGCAGAAGGACCCCACCUACGACUACAGUCCGCCGGCCUUGGAUCGAGUUCGCUAUUGGGCGGAGAGCAACAGUACGGGUCAGAGUAAUCCGGAGGCCAGGAAAAAGGAGCUGCCGCCAGAGGUGCUUCGCAAUAAAACCAAGAGCGAGGUUCUGCUGUUGGGCGUGGCCAGUGAACGGGUUAGGGUGCCUCACGCCCAUCCAUAUCCACCAGUUGGCUUAGGACAGCAUCAGCAUCAGCAUCAGCAGCAGCAUCAGCAGCAGUUGCAGCAACAGGCUAAAUAUGCAGCCUCCAUCCGGAGGAGCUACUAUGCCCCCACCCAACAGCAACACAGCCCACAAGUGCCACAAAUGCCACAACAAAGCCAACAUGUGGCAACGCAUUUACAUGCCCAGCAGCACAUGCCGCAUACCCACUUGAUGCCACCACCCAUGAUGAUGAUGAUGAAAUCGGGCGCCUCCUCCGUUCCACACAUGGAGUACAGACACAACAGCAUGAUGGCCACAGGAGCACCCACCUCGUACAUGAGUUACAUGAGUUCGCCAACGCCCAAACAGGCGAUGACCUCCUCCGUGAUCUACCAUCAGCCAGCGAUGGGUCACCACACCUCUUUGUCGGCGUCAACGCCUUGGAUUACGAGUAUGCCACCAGCACAUCGCUUAAGCUACUCAGACCCACAUCUGCAGGAAUCUAUGCACACCUAUAGCUUUUCGAGGCCCCACCACCAGCAAUCGGUGAGCUACUCGCCCAACUCGCUGCCAGGACAUCAGGGUGGACCAAAAACUGGUCUCAGGAAGCCCUGGCUGCAUGAGUUGCUCCAAAAGGAGGUGGUGGUGACGUCCAAGCCCAAGGUUAAGCCCACAAUGCCGGCCACCAAGUAUCUGAUGGGCACGAGUAAGCCACAUCAUCCACUGCCACCUGUUGGUUUUGGCAUUAGCUCCACCCGCCCACCGUUUACCUACGCCCCAGUGACCUUUGUGCCCGGACCACCCACCAUAGCAGUGCCCACUGUGGCCACCAGACAAGAAGCGCAGCCGGACAUCUACAUCACACCCACUCCGCAAGCGAGUAGCUCUGGCUUUAGACCCAUGUUGGUGACCAGCCCGACCACCGUGGGAACCACUCCAUCGACCACAUCGACCACAUCGACCACAUCGACCACUUUACCCAUUUAUCAGCGGUCCAGCACAACAACCAGUAAUCGUUUGCUGAUCCCCCAGACCAGCAAUCUGGCCGAGCGACCCACAGUGGCUCCUGCUGCGAGUGAACCCACCACCGACUCGCUUUUCUCCCAUUACAAGCAACCUCCGAAGCCCCUGCUAGGACCCAUGUACCUCAUCAUCGAGGGUCAUUCGAAGGUGAAGACCUAUGGACAAAACGAAUUGGAUCCACACAGUCCGAAGAUAGUGCCGGUCAUCUCGAAGAGGGAACCAGUGGUCAGGAUAGCAGAUCCCAAUGAGAAGCGGGGAACCGUGGAGUCCUACCAGGUCAAACAUUUGCACACCAAAACAACGCCCAUGACAACGACUACAACGACUAGCAAACCCUCUACCGCAAAGCCCUCGACCACAAGAGCCCCUGAAAGAGCUCCUGUUUACAGCACUACAAAGGCACCAGUUAGCACCACCACUAAGCCCAAAAUAACCACCACAUCCAAAACCACUAAGGCAACAACAACGACAACAACAACAACCAAAGUGCCAAUUAGCAGUACUACACCUUCGAUUCCACAACAACCAAAGCCAGAAGCAGCAAGUGAUGUAAAUGAUCUACUUAGUCUACUGGACAAUAUGUUUGCCGAUGCCCAUGAGAUCGCCUCAUCCACAACCGGGUCACCACCAUUGGCCACCGCCACCACGAGCACCGUGCUGAAGCCAGUUAGUACCAAGUUGUUGCCACAACAACCGGAACCCAGGAUUUCCAGUAGUGCGGCGAACAUAGAGAGUCUGCUGGAAGACGACACCCAUGAAGAUGAUGAAGCUGGCGAGGAUCCAGGGUCACCGAUUUCCACUGAGACACCACCGCGAGCAACGCGUCAGGUCUUUGACUAUGAUCAAUUGCCAGAGUCACGGAUUAAAGAGGGGGUCACCGUUAGCGACAUUAUGGAAUACAACGAUGAUGACGACGAUGAGGAGCUGGAGGGAGAUGAUGAAACGGCCACCGAUGGUGAACUGGAAGACGAGGAGGAGCCAGACGAAUCGCACAAUUUGCUCAAGCGAAUCGAUCAAUUUGUGGAUGAUGUAGACGAUGGCGAUGACGAUUUGGAGGAUCUGAUCGAAGGUCUGGACGACGGGGAGAUCGACGAAAGGCGACAGCAGCAUUAGCCCAAGAUAAGCAUUUUCUUAAACUGCGCUCUAUACCAAAUCUAUCAGAAACUUUUUCUCACGCCUAAUACGUUCUUGUACAUAAGUCAGCUUUAAUUGAAUCUGUAUUUAUUUGUUGUUAGUUCUUAGGCCCUGCUGGCGUCACAAUGUGACUGCACUCUAUACCCAAUUUAAUUCGAGCAAAGAGUUUUCGUUUUGUAAUUAAGCAUUAAAUUAUAUAAAUUUUCUUACGUUUUUUAGUUCUUAAGUGUGCAAUAAUUGAAAAAUAAAUG